CGUAUUUUUAGCCCUACACAUGACAUCUAGGGCAAAAUGGACCAGCCAGAAAUUCUGAAAUCAUGAUUCUUUAAAAUUUUUCUCGUCAAAUUAAAAAAAAUUAAAUAUCUUAAUCCAUUUUUCGGCUGAUUUUCUACAGCUGGGGCAAAUUUGGCCACUAAAAAUAUUCGAAAAUAAUAUUUUACUUUUUAAUUGAUAAAAUUUUUUAAAUAAUUCCAAAUAAUCUGUAAUUAGAAAAAUCAAAAAACACGUUUUUUGGGUUCAAAAUAAUGACAAAUUCGAAGUAUAGAAUUGUUUUUGUUAUUAAAUAACAAUUAGUAAUUAAGGUAAUCGAGGGGAAACGAUUCAUUACACCUAAAAAAAUUUUUUUUGGGUAUUAUAGAACCAAAAAUAGUUGUCAAGAGAAAGAAAUACAUUCUUAAUGAUGAGAACAAUUAAAAAAAAAAAAAUGCUCAUUUUUUGGAAAGAGGCCUCUCUGCCCCACAAAAAAUAUUUUUUUUUGCCUCCGUAUCCACUAAUGAUGUGAAAUGUAAUUUUUCUAUAUGUAUAUUACAUAUAAAAAAUUUAAUUUAACGAAAUUUGAUCAAUUUUCAAAAAUUUUUUUUACCAACUUUUUAUAAGAGUUCCCCUUUUUGCCCGCCAAAAAUAAAAAUUUUAUUUUGCAACGGCAGCUAAAAAUUUCGUCUAUUUACCUCGAAUGCCAUUAAAAACAAAAAGAUUUAGCGUAUUUUAGUCCUCUAAAACUUAGUAUUUCCUUAGGUACCCCCUUUUGCCCCACCCCCUUCCCCUAAACACAAAAUUUUAGAAAAAUGCAUAAAAAAAGUUUUAGUAACCUCCCCCUGAUAGCCACUUUCUGAUCAGAAAGUCAACUUCACUUAAUUGCGAUCAAGUUGUCGGCAAUUUUCUAGGAAAAUCGAAGGCAGUAUAUUAUCGCCAAUAAUAACUUUCUGGAAAAAUUGGUGCCAUCUUGUCGUCAAGCUCGUCAGAACUAAUGAACGCAAACUCUCUGAUCAGAAAGUUUGGCUAUCAGGGAAUUUUCAUCAUUUUUUCCAUAUGUUCUUGCCAGCAGAAAGCAUGCAAAUACAUUUCAGUGAAGUCAAUAAAAAUAUAGGAGAACAUAUUCUCGAAUUUGUGACCCGCAUUGUCUUUGUAUGAAAAUGUUAAGACGUAUAAUUAUUUCAUAGCUUUGACAACAUUGAAAUCGAUGUUCGAGUGUAAAUUAUAAAAUCAAUGUGAUCUAAUCAUCGACAAAAUGAUAAUUAUCAUGUGCUCGAAUAUUUGUUAUUGUGAUAAUAAAUGUUCGAGAAAAAAAAUGACUAAUUGACAAAAGCGUUUAUAUACAAUUGAAACGUUCGGUAAAUGUCACUGCACUUUUUGCUUAUUGUCUGAAUGAAAAGUCAUUUUAGUAAUCACUAAUAAAUUAUAAGUUUUCAUUUCACCAACUUUAUAAUAAAUUUUUACUGUAUAAUUAAUAAUUGAGUUAUUAUUUGAAGAAAAAGUAUAAAAUGGAUGGAAUUCUGUACUCAAAUAUAUUCGAAUUAAUUUUUAAAAAUACAAUUGAUCCGAUAAUAUUAGAAAAACUAAAAAGAGUUCAUAUUCAUUGGAAGAACAGUAUCGAUAAAAUUCUUGAAACAACAGAUAAAUGGAAGAGUGCAUGUUUGAAUGAAAUCGCGUCGGAACCAAUCUCCGGUAUGAUUACAAGAUUAUAUCCAACGCUUUCUUUCGACGAUUAUCAUGAACUUGAUGAUUUUAAAGUUUGGCGUACUGUUUACAUUUCAUAUAGAAAGUGGAUGAUACUCUCGAAACUUCGAGUUUCAGUCGAAUUUGUUUAUAGCAGUGCUGGUACAUCAUAUUUUCCUGAAGAAAUCCGAAAUUUUGCAAGUUGCGACAAAUAUUUUGCUGUUGGAACUAAUCGACUAAAGAUUUAUGUUUUUGGUUUUAAUCAAUCCAAUAAACCCAUGUAUUCGGAAAAUUUUGACAAUUAUAUAAAAGACAUUAGAUUUUGGUAUCCUGGUACAGGUGACGUAUUUUUAGUCGUAAUAGAUAAGCUAUAUUACAUUCAAUUUUUUAAUGUUUGUAAUAAUAUGACUGAAGUUCCGUGUAUCAACGUUGAGGAACCAGAGGCGACCAUUCUAUGCACCGGUACAAUAAAUACGUUAUUUACUAUGAACGGCUGGAAUCUCGUUCAAUACAAAUAUAAUACCGAAAAUGAUCUAAUGCAAUAUACAACUGGUAGAUUAUCAGGUGAUUGCGUAAAAUUAUUCUCGGAAAAGAAUAAAUUAAUUCAUCUAACGUCAAACGGAUAUUCUCUAACUUUGCAAAAUUAUCAAAUUCCGACGUCCGACGAAAAGAAAAAUAUACUUCCAGAGAAAUCUGUACAAAUAUUACGUCCUCGUUUAGCUCCAUUUGAAUUUAGAAAUCCCUCACUCGACUUCCUCACUUCCAAUGUUAUCUUGCAGAAAUCAACUGAGGAAUACAGUUGUCUCAUAAUUGAUGAUCACCAAACCGACUGGCAUAUACAUUAUCCAUUUCAAAAAUUCGGCAGUGAAAAUUUGGUAACUUCCGGUGUAUUACACGGAAAAAUUUUGAUAUUGGGAUUUAAAACAGGUCAUGUGCGGAUCUUUACUGUAGAAAAUAUCGAGCAGCUUAAAAAUUCUGAGUUAGAUCUUUAUUCAGGAAUUGAAUAUCUCGUAGAUAAUGAACCGAUACAAUGGUUGCAAGUUGCUGAAGCUCAAGAAAAACUAAUUAUUAUUGCAAUUACAUACGUCAAAAUCUAUUUUAUUAAUUUCACUUCUGAGAACAGUAUUGAGUAAAUAAUCAUUGAAGUAUUGUAUCAUUGUAACAUUGGCGCUUAUAAAGUGUCAAUUUAGAAAAACAAUUUCAAAAUUAAUACUAAACACAAAAUUUUAGAAAAAUGCAUAAGAAAUACUUUUAAUAAUCUCACCUUGAUAGCCACUUUCUGAUCAGAAAGUUGAUGUCAAUUAGUUUCGAUCAAGUUUUCGGUAAUUUACGGAAAAAUUGAAGACAACUUUCCGUCAACUUAUGGAAAUGCCAAUUUUUGCGGUCAACUUGAUGACAAGUUGCUACAGUCAGCUGUCAUCAGCCUGCUGCCAACUUGGCUAUCAGGGUAAAAUUUGGUAUGUAUCCUGAUAUCUACACCUUUGCUCAGCAAGUUCUGCAGUGAAACGUUUUUGACUAACUUAACGACAAGUUUCUGGCAAGCCUCAGCUGAAUAAUACUUGCGUGCAUGUUAACGCAAAUCAACUGCCGUCAUCUGAAUGUAACUUGACAGAAGAACUUGCCGUCAAUUUGAAGUGAAACUUUCAAUCAACUUAACAUCAUUGACAGUAACACUUGUAGUCAAAUCGAAUUCAAGUUACAGACAAUUUACUGUCAACUUAAAGGUAACUGCUUGCUCUCCAACCCUUCCUUUAAAUUGGCUUCAGAAUACGGCAGUAGCUUGAAUUUAACUUGUGGUUAAGGUGGCUAUCAGGGAUCCCCGAUAGCCAGAGUUUCCGAUCAGAAAGUUGGUGUACCUGAGUUGCGACCAACUUGACGACAAGUUGUCGACAACUUUCAGCUUGUGUAACUGUUGCCGACAACUUGGCUACAAGUUGCUCAGCAACUUGGCGACAAUCUACUGCCGCAACCUGUCACCAAUUUUCUGAGCAACUUGUAGCCAAGUUGUCGGCAACAGUUACACGAGCUGAAAGUUGUCGACAAGUUGCUCGGAAAGUUGCCGUCAACUUAUGGAAAUGCUGACUUUUGCGGCCAACUUGGCGACAGGUUGCGGCAGUAGAUUGUCGACAAGUUGCGGGCAACUUGGCUAUCAGGGGAUGUGAGAUUGAUUAUUUUAAUUUUACGGCAAAUGAUAAUGUAGAAAAUAUAUUACUGCUCAAUAUCCACAGCCACUGAGAUAUUUUCUGCACUACCGGCUUAGGUUACUGCAAAUCUACUUUACCAUACGUCAAAUAUUUUAUAUAAACUUAAACAAUGAAAAAAUCAUUAAUGCAAUAAUGAAGUAAUAGCAUUUUAAUUAAAAUAAAUAAAAAAAAUCCGUUAUUCCAAAGUAUAAUUAGCUAAAUAAAUAUUUCACAAUUAAUUCCGUUAGAUAAUUCAAUUACUAUAUCAUGUAUUACGUAAAUAAAACGAUAAUACGUAUCUAUAUACAUAUAUUACAUUAUGAAUAAAAUAGUUCACACAAGAAUUUCCAUAAAAACGGUUCAGAAAAUAAACCAUAUUUAUUUC